AUGUCAUUAAAUCAAUUGAUAUCUUCAAUCAAAGAUUGUGAUGUUUCACAAUUCUUGAUUUAUGGGGUCUUAUUAGUGGGUGUAUUUAAAGUUACCUUUUUAACUUUAAACACCGCAUCAUUACUUUUUGAUUUAUUCAUUUUACCAUCAGUUAAUUAUAAGAAAUAUGGUGCUAAACAAGGUAAUUGGGCUGUGGUUACAGGUGCAUCUGAUGGAAUUGGUAAAGAAUAUGCCUUACAAUUGGCUUCCAAGGGGUUAAAUAUUGUUUUAAUUUCAAGAACUCAAUCUAAAUUAGAAUUAAUUGCUACUGAUAUUGAAACUAAAUAUAAAGUUGAAACUAAAAUCAUUGCCUUUGAUGUUUCAACUGAUGAAUCCACCAAUUAUGACCGUAUUGCUGAAACUAUUAAAGAUUUACCUGUCACUAUCUUGAUUAAUAAUGUAGGACAAUCCCAUUCAAUUCCAGUUCCAUUCUUAGAAACUGAAGAUAAAGAAUUAAGAGAUAUUAUUACCAUUAACAAUACUGCUACAUUGAAAAUCACUCAAGUUGUAGCUCCAAUAAUUGCUUCAACUGUUGCUAAACAAUCUAAAAAGAUUAGAGGUUUGAUUUUAACUAUGGGAUCAUUUGGUGGAUUAUUACCAACUCCAUAUUUAGCUACUUAUUCUGGUUCAAAAGCUUUCUUACAAGCAUGGUCAUCUGCUUUAGCUGGAGAAUUAAAACCUCAAGGUAUUGAUGUUGAAUUGAUUAUUUCUUAUUUGGUUACAUCUGCCAUGUCUAAGAUUAGAAGAACUUCAUUAUUGAUUCCAAAUCCAAAACAAUUUGUUAAAGCAACUUUAAAUGGAGUUGGUCGUCGUAAUGGUGCUCAAGAAAGAUAUGCUACCAAUACUCCAUAUUGGACUCAUGCCUUUAUGCAUUUUGGUAUUGAACAAGCUGUUGGUGUCUAUUCUAAACUUGCCAAUACCCUUAAUUAUGAUAUGCAUAAAAGUAUUCGUACGAGAGCAUUAAAGAAAGCUGCCCGUUUAGCUGCUGAAAAGAAAGAUUAG